AUGAGCACACCAGGAGGGCGCGACAGACUGCGUCGCCUCGCCGAGCGCACAUCGCCAUCUCCAUCACCUAUCAAGCGAUCAGUCUCUACAGCAUCGAUGCGAAAUAAAGCUAAAGCAUUACUAGAUUCGAGUAUGGACGGCACGGAAUCAGAAGACGAUGAGGAAACCUUGCAGCUACAAUUACAGGAGAUUCAGAUGCGCCUGAAGUUGAAGAAAGCGCAGAAGAAAAAGGCGCAAGGCUCUGAAUCUGAGAAUGAAUCCAGGUCGCAACCAGCGUCGCUGAGUAGAGCCAAUUCUGCUGCCGCCGGGCGAGCUCAAUCCAGACUAGAAGGCAUACGAGAAAGACAAUUACAACGAUCGAAGUCACAGACCCAAAUAGAUGUUCCGGUUUCUCCAGUAAGGCGAGUCAAACCUAUCGAACCUCAACAUUCGCCGCAGAGAGUACUUCUAGGAAUUGAUAAGGGCUUAACGGGUAGAGACAUCUCACUCAAAAGGGCUCCCAGUCUUAGGAAAUUGGACGAUGGAAAUGCCCAGGAUCGUCGGCUGGGACCUUUCCUAUCGAGACCCAAUUCACAGGUUAGCGGACGGGCAUCUUCGGCCGCUACGUCAACUCAGGAUGAAGAACGACCCAAGACUUUUAGUGAGCGUAUGGCUGCUAUUCGUGCAAAGGAUCUCGAGAGACAAGAGCGAGAGAAACGGAUAAAGGCCAAACGAAAUACCGCGUUCGAUAUAAGUCAGGAGCAGCUAGAAACGUUCAAGGAAACCGCAGUUGAGCUACCAGAAGCACCUCGAAGAAUUCUCGAUUUCACUCGGGAAGAUGUGCUGGAGUCUUAUGAAAAGCCAAGCUCGAAUAUGCCCCGGACUUCACAAACUCCAGGUCUACGAUCUGCAAUAAGAGAUAUCAGUAGUACGGCUACAGCUACAAUAUCCAGCAGGUCGGACUCCAGGACUUCCGCGGAUUCUCAGCCGAGGAAGAAGUCCAAUGCCAGCUCUAAAGUUCCGCCCAAUGAGGUUAGCGAAGCAGAGGCAUCUCAAUUUGAACCAUUUUCAGCAGCACAUCUCUCGAAACGAAUUAUCCCUCACCAAGUCCUUACCCGAACACUUUCAGGAAAGAAGACAUUUCAGAUACCAGACCUAUUGCGCACAGUGAAAGCUCCUGACUUUUCUGGUCCCGAUGUGGAGGAAGACGUAGUCGUUCUAGCUAUUAUCGCGAAGAAAACAGAUCCACGAUCACACCGGCCGAAUGGCGGCAAGAACGAGAAGCGUGGGAAAUACAUGAUGAUGGGACUAACAGACUUGAAAUGGGAGUUGGACCUGGCGCUCUUCGACACUGCUUUCGAAAAGUUCUGGAAAAUUCCGACAGGCACAAUCAUCGCCAUUCUUAACCCUGGUUUUAUGCCUCCACCGAAAGGGAAGGCUGAUACUGGCAAAUUCAGCUUGGUACUGAAUUCAGAUUGUGAUACGAUACUGGAGAUCGGCACAGCGAGGGAUUUAGGUUAUUGCAAAAGUGUCAAAAAGGAUGGCCACGUCUGCGACACAUGGGUGGACAAGCGUCAUACGGAAUUUUGUGAUUUCCACGUCAAUCUACAGCUUCAGAAGACUCGGUCAUCAAGGAUGGAAAUCAACACGAUGAAUUUCGGCAAAGGAGAUUAUAGCACUGCACGCAAGAACAAUAGUAAAGAUAUGACGGGCUAUCUGGAAGGUAAGAAAAAGGCUGCAAUGGAAAAGAAGACGUUCUAUGAUCGUGAAAGCCAUUCAAAUGUCUUUAUAGGCAAGCGGACGACGGCAAAUCUACUAGAUGAUCCCGAUUACGACCCUGAUCACUUCCAUCGAGGCUCAAGCAAGGAAGAGAGAAUGACCCGGCAAAUCCUAGCUCAGGAGAAGGAGAGGCAACUCGAGGAAAGGCUCAGUAUGGAAGGCAACGGCAUGGGUAGUGCCUACAUGCGCGCCAAAAACACCUCACGACCAGGAGCCAUCCGACCCCAACCUCAAAACGACGACGGCCCACCACCGCCACCAGACGCCGCCGCACUCGGUCUCCUCGGCGGCAAAGCAAUGGAUAUCAGUCUCAGUCCCAUCAAACGCAAGAGAGUCAACACCCUAUCAAGCACCGCAGGCCGCGGAUGGGGGUCCGGCCUCGCUAAAGACCUGAAUCGGAUGCGUGACGGCGAGAAUCUACAGCCUGUGAAGAAGAAAACUAGGUUUGUGACUGAGAAAGGGAUUCGGGAGGCGGGGAGGGAGAGUAUUGGGGGUGAGGCGGCGAAGGCGGUGUUAGAUGACUUGGAUGAUGACAGUGAUCUGGAUAUUGUGCGGGAGUAG